GCCGGCCGGCAGCCGUGACAGAAACCCGGCGGCUGAUUGCAGUCGCCCGGGGAACCGAGCCUGGGGGAGAGUUCCUCAGAGGGCGGCGGCGAAGACACUGUUGUGUCCCCUACAAAUCGGGGUUCGGUCCGGGCGCGACCCCCCCAGCGGUGUAUGACCCGGUGUUCGGCGUCUGUAAGUGUUGGGUGAGGGGCGCCGUAGGCCCUGCCCCGCCCUCCCCAGGCAGUGCAGAGGUUCUCCGACCUCUGCAUUAUGAAGGCCUCGGAGUCUCCGAGAGCGGCGUCUCCGCUGGAAGGGGCUGGAGCGAGGGGGAGAAGCGCAGCUGCCUCUGUGGCUUUGCAGUGCGUGUAGGACUCCGAGGACCCAGAGUCCUGCCCCGGUCCCUGAAUAGCAACCCAGAUAGCCUUGUCUCCGUACAGUUAACGCCCCAUUCCCGAACUCAGGUGAAGUAGAGGGCGAUCGACCGUCUGGGUAGCCAUCUGCCCUUUUCAGCCAUGGAGGCGGCGACAGUGUCCUCGUUACAAGAGGCUCCAGCUGGGUCGAGCUGGAACCUCAAUAACCUGCUGAGUAGCCGGAAGCUGAUGGUUGUGGGGAUUGUGCUCGGCUGGCUCCUGGUCAUCCACUUUCUGGUCAAUGUGUGGCUCCUAUGCCUUUUGUCCGCAUUGCUAGUGGUGCUGGGAGGAUGGCUGGGCUCAAAUGCCAUUGUGGGGGCUUCAGGUCGAUUGCACCUGGAACGCUUCAUCCCAGUGGCCACCUGCCCUCCAAACCCUGAGGCAGAGAGGCAACUGGAACAGGAGAUCGACCGCACCAUCCAGAUGAUUAUGCGGGACUUUGUGUCAUCGUGGUAUCGCACUGUGAGCCAGGAGCCAGCCUUUGAGGAAGAAAUGGAGGCUGCCAUGAGAGGGUUGGUCCAGGAGCUCCGGAGGAGGAUGGGCAUGGUGGACAGUCAUGCUCUUGCACAGAGGGUUCUGACUCUCUGCGGUUGUCACCUGCAGAGCUAUAUUCAGGCGAAGGAAGCCCUGGCUGGGAAGCAGAGUGGUACCGUUGAGCCCUCCCAGCUCUGGGAGGCUUACUGCCGAGCUGCUGCCCCACAUCCUGCUGUACAGAGCGUCACCACUGAGGUCACCUAUACACGUGGCAUUGUAAAUUUGUUGCUUCAAGGACUAGUGCCAAAGCCCCACUUGGAGACCCGGACCGGUCGCCAUGUCGUGGUAGAACUCAUUACUUGCAAUGUAAUCUUACCACUGAUCAGCAGGCUGUCAGAUCCUGACUGGAUCCACCUUGUACUUGUGGGCAUCUUUUCCAAGGCCAGAAAUAAUCCGACAGCGGUGGUUAAAUCGACUUCCCCAGCCAGUGCCCUGGAAAAGCCCUCAGUGCCCACAUCUCUGCCACUGAUUGUUGAGGUACAGAGCCUCCCGGAAGUGAGAGCCCCUUCUCCAGCAGCAGCGCCAGUGCUACUAAACUGUAGUGAGCCAGAUGGGCCUUCCCACCACUCCCCAGAAGUUGAAGAAGGCCGUGAAGCAAUAGAGGGAGAACUGGGUGGCAUGCCAGAAGAGAGAAAAAUAGGAAACAACUCAUCUCAUUUCCUGCAGCCAGAUAUUCGAGGCCCUUUGUUUUUAUGUGAAGACACAGAGCUGGAGUCUCCAUUGUCCGAGCUGAGCAAGGAAACCAUCAUGCUCAUGACCCCAGGCAACUUCCUCUCUGACAGGAUCCAGGAUGCCCUGUGUGCCCUGGAGGGUCCCCAGUCUCUGGAGUCUAAGGAUAUUGAGGGAUCUGAAGGAAUUGAGGGAGCAGAGCCCGAGGAGGGUCCAAGAACAGAAACAGAGACAGGGCUGCUAGUCUCCAUGCUGACUUCCUGCCCAGAGAUCCACAUUGACACAGCAGACAAGGAAGUGGAACAAGGAGAUGUCACCUCUCUUACAGCUUUGCUGACAGAUCCAGAAAGGACCUGCCUCCCACGACCCUCAGGCUUAGAGAAGGAUCUCACCAAUGACGUGAGCUCUGUGGAUCCUAGUCUGCCACAGGUUCUGCUUUCCUCUUCUCCAACCGGUCCUCUCACCUCAGCCACCUUCAGCUUUGAGCCCCUGAGCAGUCCAGAUGGCCCAGUUGUCAUCCAGAACCUUCGUAUCACUGGUACCAUUACUGCUCGAGAGCACAGUGGCACUGGAUUCCACCCAUACACACUCUACACAGUGAAGUAUGAGACGGCCCUGGAUGGUGAGAACAGCAGUGGCCUGCAGCAGGUGGCCUACCACACUGUGAAUCGCCGCUACCGCGAGUUCCUGAAUCUACAGACUCGUCUGGAGGAGAAAUCAGAUCUCCGAAAGUUCAUCAAAAACGUGAAGGGUCCUAAAAAGCUCUUUCCGGAUCUUCCAUUUGGCAACAUGGAUAGUGACAGAGUAGAAGCCCGAAAGAGCCUCCUGGAAUCCUUUCUAAAGCAACUCUGUGCCAUUCCAGAGAUCGCUAACACUGAGGAGAUGCAGGAGUUCCUUGCUCUGAACACAGAUGCUCGUAUUGCCUUUGUCAAGAAACCAUUCAUGGUGUCCAGAAUAGACAAGAUGGUGGUAAGUGCUAUCGUGGAUACACUGAAGACAGCAUUUCCUCGCUCCGAACCCCAGAGCCCCACAGAAGAGCUGAGUGAGGCCGAGACAGAAACCAAGCCCCAGACAGAAGGCAAGAAGCCCAGCAAGUCCAGAUUGAGGUUCUCCUCCAGUAAGAUUGCUCCAGCACUGAAUAUCACUGAGGUACCUGAGAAGAUUCUCUAUGGUCUCCAGGAAGGCAAUGUGGAGUCAGAAAUCCUAUCCACGUCUGUGAUGGAAUCCUUUAUUGAAAAACAGACAAAGUUAUUAGAAAUGCAGCCAGCAGAAGCCCCAGGAAAAGAUCCAGAACAAAUCCCUAAAGGUUGUAUGGAUGGUUACUUGUCUGAUGCAGCUGUGCCCACCCACGAUCUCCGUAGUGGUGAUCCAGGAGCAGAGACAGAGCUAGCUGACACAGCCCUAGAUCUGCUCCUCUUGCUGCUGAUGGAACAGUGGAGAUGGCUAUGUACAGAAAACAUUCAGAAAGUUCUUCAUCUUGUAUUUGGGACCUUAGUUCAGAGGUGGCUAGAGGUGCAGGUGGCUAACCUAACAUGUCCACAGCGCUGGGUGCAGUACCUCCAGCUUCUUCAGGAGUCCAUCUGGCCUGGUGGGGUUUUACCGAAGUGUCCACGGCCUGUGAGGACCCAGGAGCAGAAAGUGGCUGCCGAAGAACAGGCCUUGCAGAGCCUGAUGGGAAUCUUGCCAGAUAUUGUGGUAGAAAUCCUUGGGGUGAACAGAUGCCGGCUGAGCUGGAGUCUAGUCUUGGAGUCACUGCAGCAACCCCUUAUCAACAGGCACUUGAUUUACUGCCUUUGGGACAUCAUCCUGGAAUUCUUGGAUCUCAGUGCCUCUGUUGAGGAGUCAACCAUAACCACCUCUGCCUCAGAUACCCCAGGCAGCCCCAAGAGAAUGGGUGUCUCCCCUUAGCCGUAGGUUAUUCACCCAUUCUUUGAAGGCUGGGAAAGGAGGGUUGUUGUGCCACCCCGCGACCAGUCAGGAACCUGUGCCCUCUGCAGCUGGACUGUAGCUCAGAAGGCCUAGGGUCCCAGGGUCACAGUUCUCCCCCAGCUCUAUUCCACAGGGCAGGUAACAUAGCAGAUGAUGGGGGAAAUAUGUACCAAUCGUAUGCAUAUCCAUUUCCGUACUUUUUUGUGCUAUUCAGAUUGUUGCUGGUGGGUAGAUCCUGGAAAAGGAAUCUGUGAGGUAGAAGAAUGAGCCCCUUUUGCCUCUCCUUUGCCCUCUUCCCUAAGAUUGUUUGCCAGGAGCCUGGCCCUGUGCAUACAUGCUCCUGAUCCACCAACACACAAGCUAUAGAUAGACCAAGGGAAAACUGAAAGCCAAAUUUCUUGGAGGAACAGACAAUUUUCUGGAGCUCUCUGUUUUUACCAGGAAACUGCAGUUUCUUUUAGGACCACUCCCAAAACCAGACCCCCCAAGUUCUGUCUAGUUUCCCAAUAAUUCCAGAAGAUGGAGGGAAAACAUUUCUCAAGGGACUUUUUGGUGAUUGACUAUUCUCCAACACAUCAGCCCUAUGGAGGAUCACUGAAGGCUGCUUCCCUGGGUGGCUACACUUUUUUCUGCUCAGAAGACUUCAAAGCAGACUGCCAAAGCUUCUUGGUAGAUCCACCCCACUCCCCACACCCUUUCCUAAAAGAGAGUUGCAUCAAAGAUUUUAUUUAUUAGCUUUACUCCUAAGCCCUCUCCAAGAGCAGUUGAGUUUCAGUCUCUGUGACCUUCUCUCUUCCUUCAGCAGAAUCGCAUGGCAGAUUGCUUAUUCAGCCCAGUACUUCCAAAGGGAAAGGAGACACUGGGAAUGCCCAAAGAGUAGGAAACCCAGGGGGCUAUGGGCUUCUGUCUUCACAAGUCUCCAGUGAGGGACUUUUAAACUGAACCGAUAAUAUUAGCCAACCUGCAGGGAAUUGAUUACCCACAAAAAGCUUUUUACUUCUUGUUCUUUAAGGAUCUAAUUAGUCUUUGAGAACACUCGAAGAUGAAGGCAAAAGUGCUAUAUCAUGCUGUAGUGUCUUAGAAGAAAGGAACAAUUAGGAGAAAUUGUUGGUAGGAAAGGAGGCAGACAACGUGACGUUAAAUGCAUGUCAGUAGCUGACAGAAAAGUUUUAAGGAGGUCACGGGAGACCUCUGCCCCCUCAUCCCUUAGCUUUGCGCCUGCCUGUUAGUGUCCUGCUGUCACUGAAUUAUGGAUCCUCCCAUUUGGAGGGGGAUCUUGGGAUUAAAUUGAUGAGAAUGGGAUGGGUCUAGAAUGGGCAUCAGGUUCUCUUAGACUCUGAAGUAGAUGAUGUGCACACAAUUAAAGUGGUUUAUGG